GCGCAGUGCGGACAGCGCGGGGUGCUCGGUGCCGUGAGGGAGCGGGGCCGCCAUGUUGGCCCCGGGGGCGGCGGGACGGGCGCUGAGCCGGGCCCUGAGCCUGAGCCAUGGCCCGGUGAGGGCCGGGACACCGGGAGUGGCGGGGCAACGGGCCCUGAGCCUGAGCCAUGGCCCGGGCUCAGUGGUGGUGGAGCGCGUGUGGCCGGUGCCGCUGGGCCGGGUGGGAGCGGCGCCCCGGCUGCACCCGCGGCGGCACCGGGUGUACCGGCUGCUGCGGGACGGGAAACACCUGCCCCGGGGCAACAUGGAGCUGCUGCUGAGCCGCGCCGUGCAGGACCUGGGCAGCCGUGGGGACGUGGUGAGCGUGAGGAAGAGCCUGGGCAGGAACAAGCUCCUUCCCCAGGGCCUGGCCGUGUACCCCUCCCCGGAGAACCUGCGCAUCUUCCAGCAGGAGAAGGAGCUGGCGCAGCAGGGGAAGCUGGAGGAGCCCCAAACCCAGAGCGGGCAGAAGACCCUGGAAUUCCUGCGGCGCUGCCGGCUCCAGGUGGGGAUGAAGAACAACGUGAGCUGGGAGCUCAACCCCGACAUCGUGGCCCGGCACUUCCUCAAGAACCUCGGGGUGUUCGUGCCCCCCCACGCCCUGCGGCUGCCACCAGAGCCCAUCACACGCUGGGGACAGUACUGGUGUGACGUCACGGUGAGGGGACUUUUUUCCCCGAUUUCCCCAGAUUUUUCCCCAAAGUUCCUGCACCCCAAAACCAAACGCUUCCGGCACUGGCAGGAGAAGCAGCAGCAGCAGCUGGAGAGCAGCAGGGAGCGGCUCCUCUGACCCCCCCCCAGGGAUUUGGGGUCCCCUGAGGUGGAUUUGGGGUCCCCAAAAUGGAUUUGGGGGUCCCCAGAAUGGAUUUGGGGCCGUUCCCCCCCUCUUUGGGAUUCCCUCGCCUCUGUGGAACUCCAGACAUCGCCCAAUUCCCAGAGCUGCAGCUCAGGAAUUUUGGAUUCUCCUGAGCCCCCCCAGAUCCCCCUGAACCCCACUCUGCUCCAGGGGGGGUCCCUGGGGUGGAUUUGGGGUCCCCGGGGUGGAUUUGGGGUCCCCAGAACAGAUUUGGGGCCAUUCCCUCUGUUUGGGAUCCUCUCUCACCUCUGUGGAACCUCGGACAUCUCUGGGUUCCCAGAGCAGGACUUUUGGGUUCUUUUGAGCCCCCCCAAAUCCCCCUGAGCCCCACUCUGGUCCAGGGGGGUCUGCGGGAUGGAUUUGGGGUCCCCAGUGUGGAUUUGGGGUCCCUGGGAUGGAUUUGGGGCCAUUCCCCCCUUUGGGACCCUGUAGAAAAGAGGGUUCAGUGAAAUUUUGGGGGACUCUGGAAUUCCUGUGACACCCCCUUGAACCCCAAAAUCUUGGGGGGUCCCCGGGAUGGAUUUGGGGGGUUCCCCCUUUGGGGUGCUCCAGGAUCCGGAGCAGGAAUCCCCCCAGAAAAGGGGAUCAGGAUUUUUUGGGCGAUCCCAGGAUUUUUUUGGGGGGUGGUCCCAAACUUUUGUGGGGGUCUCAGGGAUUUUGGGGGGAUCUCGAAGUGUUGGGAGCUGUAGGAUUUGGGGAAGAAAAGGCCAAAGGUUCCUGGGAGAUUUCCCAAAAAAAGGGAAUUUUGGGAUCGGAA